AUUGAAGCGAUGGACAUCCGGGUCAUUCGGGAGUGAACCGGAAGCUAAACAUCGACUUCCGCUGAGCUGCACGAUCGCAUGGAAAUAGGUGUUUACCGCGUUUGACAGCUUAUAUUUCUCUGUUCUUUGAGGAGAAUGGCCGCCACUGAAGGAGUCUGCUCAGAGUUUCUGAACUGGGAGGUCAACACUUCGACGGUUGAUGGAUCAAAGCAAGAGAAACACAUUUCUGCUGCUCACAGAAAGUAUUACAGCUUCUGCAGGAGAAAGUCCUUUGCCAUGUUUGUGGCUUCAAAGAACUGCAGCACAGAGGGCCGAGCCUCGUGGUGCUGCUGUGGCCAGACCUUCACCGAACACUCUGCAGUUCACAAACAUGUGGCCAGAGCUCACGCCGCCGAAGUGCAGCAGCUGGCGCAGACGGCGUUCCAGGCUUUGCUGAGCCAGCUGGCAGAGGAAGAGCGAACUCAGCGGCUGAAAGGACACCAGGAAGAAGAAGAAGAAGUGGACUUUUCUGUGUGGAUUCCAGACGUUAGCCACAUCCCAGCAGAGCAGCUGAAAAUCGGUCCCGGCAAGGUCCUGCUCUAUUACCGCUACUGUAAGGUGGAGGAUCCGCACGUCAUCUGCGCCUGGCAGAACGCUCUGUGUGAGAAGCUGCAGUUAACGGGGAAGGUGAGGGUGGCGGCGGAAGGAAUCAACGGGACGGUUGGUGGAACCGCCGUCGCCGCAGAUCUCUACAUCAGUGCCAUGAUUUCACACCCCCUCUUUAAGAUGGAGCGAGAGGAUUUUAAGACCAGUGACGGCGGCGCCGAGUGUUUUCCAGAACUGAAGGUGGGAGUUUACCGGGAGAUCGUUCCGAUGGGAGUGGAUCCGGAUGAGGUUUCCUACCAGCUGGCAGGAGUUCAUCUGGAUCCUGAAGAGUUCCACAAAGAAGUGGAGGCUCUUCUGGUUAAAGGAGAUUCCUCUAAAGACACCGUUCUUCUGGACUGCAGGAACUUCUACGAGAGCAAAAUCGGACAGUUCUCUCAAUGUCUGGCUCCAAACAUCCGUAAGUUCAGUUAUUUCCCCGACUACGUGGACCAGAACCUGGAACUCUUCAGAGACAAGAAGGUUCUGAUGUACUGCACGGGAGGGAUACGCUGCGAGCGCGCCUCGGCGUACCUGCUCUCUAAGGAAGUGUGUAAGGAGGUCUACCAGCUGAAAGGUGGAAUCCACAAGUAUCUGGAGCGGUUCCCUGAAGGGUUCUACCGAGGGAAGCUGUUCGUGUUCGACGAGCGCUACGCCAUCUCCUCCAACGACGACGUCAUCUCAGACUGCAGCUUCUGCGGACGCCCGUGGGACCGGUACCAGCUCUGCAGCACCCGCUUCUGCUGCCAGCUGGUGCUGUCCUGCCCCAGCUGCCGGCGGCGCGGAAACACCGCCUGCUGCGGCGCCUGCCAGGGCAAAGGACAGGCUCAGGGCGAGGGCGACGCCCCACAUCACAAGGAGGAGUGCGAGUGUACCGAAAAACGACCCAGAAUUCCUCAAGACGUCUGACAGCAUCAAAGCUCGACUUUAGUAAUUUGUCUUUUAUAUAAAUUAUAUUGAUCAUCUGAGUAAAUAUUGUUUUUAAGUGAAUGUUUUAAUUAAAGAAAACUUGCAUCAACUCAUAUGAGAAAAACAAUCUAUGUACAUUUUAACAUGACUAUUGUGAAAAACCCUUUCACAUUAAAAG